AAUCGGUAUUCCGGAUCACCCAUAUCAAGGCCGCGGAUCAGCUGUCAGCUCCACGACAACAUCUCAUUCCGGGAGAGCUUGUUCGAAAAGUCUUCGAAGCGCUUGAGACGAUCACGAGAGUAGUCAGCCUGUGUACGUGACUUCAUCUCAUUUCUCUUUUCGUGGAAAACUCAGGUUGACGUCUCGCUGCCGACCCUCUCAUGUAAGUUUAGUCACUCAUCGUCAUGUCUGGCUUUACUUGGCCCUGGGAAUAUUCCUUCCCGCCGUUCUUCACUGUGCAACCAAAUUCUACGACGCGGGCAAAACAAAUGGACUCGUGGACAUCUCUGAUCUGCGCCUACUGUCAGUUCCACAAAAUUACAAUCCUGAACCUUGGGGACGCUGAGGCCUCUGACCUAUUCAAUAACAAAACCCUCAAGCGUAAACUCAGUUCCGACGCUGUACUCGAAGUUGCGCAAUACAUGACGGAUAACGGUAAAGCACAAUGGUUAGACGGGCAGAACAGCAUUCUAGUGCUUUGGCGUAGCCUCGAAGAAUGGGCAAAGCUCUUACAUGAUUUCGCCAUCGAGGCUGGUCUAACGAACAGUGUGUGCACUCUGUUCGAGCUCGUUCAGGGCGACGAUACCACGAAAGAGGAAUUCUAUGGGUUAGACAUCAGAGUUUUGAAAGUUUUCCUCAAAUGUUUGGAGGAACAGGGCCGAGCCGAACUGAUCGGCGACGAUGAAGGCGUCAAGUUCUUUGUUUGAAUCAAUAAAUGU